CCACUCGUGUUGACCCACCCCACCCCACCCCACCCCCCGCCCCUGCCCCCGCACCCCACGUCAAAACCAAGGCGGCGGCAGCGGGGUGGGAGAGCGGGGAGCACCGACCGACACCGGCCGACAGCGCGGGCUGCAUGCGGAGCUGAGGCGAGGCGAGGCGAGGCGGGGAGAGAUCCGGCGCGGGUGCCACCGCCGGCCGGCCACGGGAGAUCUGGUUGGUGGCGCCGCCGGGAUAAGGGAGAGGCCGCGGAGGCGGCGAGGGGAGAGCAGCCGAAGCGAGAGGAGAUCUCUCUCGUCCCUCUUCUCGCUCGAUGGAGACCGGGGGUAGCAAGCGGGAAGGAGACUGCCCCGGGCAGGAAAGGAAGAAGAAAGUGCGCAGGAGAAGCACUGGUCCUGAUUCGGUUGCUGAAACCAUCAAGAAGUGGAAGGAGGAAAACCAGAAGCUCCUGCAAGAGAAUGGAUCCCGGAAAGCACCGGCCAAGGGUUCCAAGAAAGGGUGCAUGGCAGGGAAAGGAGGUCCAGAGAAUUCAAACUGCGCUUACCGCGGUGUGAGGCAGAGGACGUGGGGCAAAUGGGUUGCUGAGAUCCGUGAGCCCAACCGUGGCAACCGGCUGUGGCUUGGUUCAUUCCCUACCGCAGUCGAAGCUGCACGUGCAUAUGAUGAUGCGGCAAGGGCAAUGUAUGGCGCCAAAGCACGUGUCAACUUCUCAGAGCAGUCCCCAGAUGCCAGCUCUGGUUGCACGCUGGCACCUCCAUUGCUGAUGUCUAAUGGGGCAACUGCCGCAUCACAUCCUUCUGAUGGGAAGGAUGAGUCUGAGUCUGCAGGGACCGUGGCACAUAAGGUGAAAAAAGAAGUGAGCAAUGAUUUGAGAAGUACCCAUGAGGAGCACAAGACCCUGGAAGUAUCCCAACCAAAAGGGAAGGCUUUACAUAAAGAAGCGAAUGUAAGUUAUGAUUACUUCAACGUCGAGGAAGUUCUUGACAUGAUAAUUGUGGAAUUGAGUGCUGAUGUAAAAAUGGAAGCACAUGAAGAGUACCAAGAUGGUGAUGAUGGGUUUAGUCUUUUCUCAUAUUAGGGUUUUAGCUAUGAGGGUUGUAGUCAUGCGGAGCAAUAGGGAUAACUUUCAUUCUAGCUGCUAGGAAAUACUUCAAAUUAUCUGCAACCCGAAGCUUUGUAGUCACUUAUGGUUUUCAUCUUACUGGAGAGAAUAGCUUUAUACCAUAAGUCAACGGGUACAAGAAGUUGUCCUGUGCGUUGAGUUCAUGUACUAUGGUAAAAGUUGAGUCCAUAUUUAAUGAGCUUACUCUGUUGA